AUGACGUCAUGAGAUGGAGACAGUCGGCCGCCAUAUUGUAGACGAGUAACCAAGGUGGCCAUGAAAACAGUCGGUGUUUUUCAUUUAUAGUCGUUCUAGUGAUUGAAAGUCGUUUUAGUUGCAGUGAGAAACAUUAUAAACUUUUGAAAAUGGAUGACAAAACGCAAAUGAAGGAGUUGAAUCAGUGGAUAGACCAGUUGAUGGAGUGUAAACAGUUGGCCGAAAAUCAAGUGAAAACACUUUGCGAGAAGGCUAAGGAAGUUUUGGCAAAAGAGAGUAAUGUACAAGAAGUCAAGUCACCUGUUACCGUGUGUGGUGAUGUUCACGGACAAUUUCAUGACCUCAUGGAACUUUUUAAGAUAGGAGGUCGCUCGCCAGAUACCAACUACCUAUUUAUGGGAGAUUAUGUUGACAGAGGUUAUUAUUCGGUAGAAACAGUCACAUUGUUAGUUUGUUUAAAGGUUCGUUAUAGGGAAAGGAUAACUAUUCUUCGAGGAAACCACGAAUCGCGACAGAUUACACAAGUUUAUGGCUUUUAUGAUGAAUGUCUAAGAAAAUAUGGAAAUGCCAAUGUUUGGAAGUACUUCACUGAUUUAUUUGAUUAUCUUCCUUUAACGGCUUUAGUGGAUACUCAAAUAUUCUGCCUACAUGGUGGACUAUCGCCCUCCAUAGAUACACUUGAUCACAUUAGAGCAUUAGAUCGUCUACAAGAGGUACCACACGAGGGACCUAUGUGUGACUUACUAUGGUCAGAUCCAGAUGACCGCGGUGGUUGGGGCAUCUCCCCAAGAGGAGCUGGUUAUACGUUUGGUCAAGACAUUUCGGAGACUUUCAACCAUUCGAAUGGCCUAACCCUAGUCUCUCGUGCCCAUCAACUUGUUAUGGAGGGCUACAAUUGGUGCCACGAUAGAAAUGUUGUCACAAUUUUCUCUGCACCCAACUACUGCUAUCGUUGUGGUAACCAGGCGGCUAUCAUGGAGUUGGAUGAUUCUUUAAAGUAUUCUUUCUUGCAGUUUGACCCAGCACCAAGGAGAGGAGAGCCUCACGUAACUCGCCGAACUCCAGAUUAUUUCCUUUAGAAAUUGGCCGUAUUUUCCUCGAUCAUUGUCAUUAUUAUGCACUGGCCUUCUUAUGUUGCCAUUAUUGCAAGCCCCUUUAUACUUUGAGUUGACACAGUGGUAUGCAUGCACAUUUAUUCAUUGAAAGUGCAUAAGUGAAUAUAUAUUACCUUAAACAGAUCUCCUUCCUUUUCUCUCCCAACAUAGCCACAACUCAUCCUCUUCUAUUUUAGUCAUAUCCCUUUCAUGUAUUUCAUGAGACAUCAAUCUCCUUUUCCACACAUCCAGUGGGAUUCAUCUGGGUGUAUUGCAAAAUGAGUAAUAAAUCAGGAGGAAUUUAGGAGCUGCUGGGUCAGUUGCCAAUACUACAGAUUCUGGUUUUCAUCUUCAAGGGUCUCUUAAAUGUUUUUUUCUUUUGUAUGGCAAACUAGUUUACUGGAUGCAGAGAUGAAAAAAACAAAACAAAAACGCUACAUUUUUGGUACAGAUUUACAACGCAUGGCUUUUUCUUCUAUUUAUGUUUUAUAUCUUCCUAGCAAAGUUGGAGGCCAAUAUUUUUAAAUGUUUCAAGCAAAAGCAACUUACAGAAGUAAUUUAUAACUACGUAUUUAUAAUUAGUCUUGAAGAACUCAUAUUAUGGUAUACUACUUUAUAAUUAUUUCCUGGCCUAUGCUUCACUUUGCUCCAGUAUAUUUGUUUCCUCUCGUACUAUUUUUCUAUUUUACAAAUCUGUGUUUUAAGGACACGUGAUGCUUCAUCUCUAGUGCAAACAUAGGCUUGGAAAAUAGUUGUAUAAUCAUAUAGUGAAGUGAAUGAAUGAGAGUGGUUUAUUUACCAUGAGGGUGUGAAAUAAUGUUCAGUACUUUACGUGGAUUACUCCAGCAAAAUGUUCAUGUAUAUAAGAAAAUGAUGCCGAGGAAUAUAUAAUUUAAUUUUAUGUCAUCCUGUGAAAGAGGUUAUUUAGAAUGUCACAUCAUUAACUAGAAUAUGGAUGUUUUGAAUGUUUUAUUUUGGACCAGCGAUUUUUUUUUUCUUUUUAUAUAGUCAAGUAGACCAAGUGUUGGAAAAUGAGCACAAUUACGAGACAUUAUUUUUAAGAUUUGUCCAAAUCCAUGCAUUAAGUAUCAGUUCUGUUAGCUUUUUUUUUCUCUUUUCCUUUUUUUUUCUUUUCUUUUUGCCUUGUAGGGUUUAUCAAUGAAUUGUGUGUAGGGUGCAAAAUUAGGUGGGGUGACACAUUACCACUUAUACCCCUAUUCAUUUGUAUAUGGUUACCUUUGAACGUGAUUAUUCUGUGGUUAUUCUAAUUGCUGCUGAUCCUGUGGUAGUCAUAUUAACCAACAAUAUAUUAAAUCUGAAGGGUUGUAGCCUUCAGCAUUAUAAUGAACGAGUGGAUGUGACCUCUGUAACCAGCAUCAUUAUGUAUGAACAGUUGUAACUGAUACUUGGUUCAAUAAAUUAAAAGUAAGUUGAA